AGGAUCCGCGCAGCUGUGCGUCUUUUUGGACAACUGAACACAUUCCGCAGUCGGACUUUCCGCCCAUCUUUGCUGUACUAAAGGAGACUUAUCUGCUUUUGACAGACACUUUUGCGAUCUUUUACCCAUGAACUCUAUGAGGGAUCCAUUAAACAUAGACCAUCACCACCUAACAGGGAAUAAACUCGCCUCUACGCACCACACGGCUCUGGCGAUGGCCUCUAGUUUACAGCCGCUGCAGCGGACAGUGGACUCUAAACACCGGUUAGAGGUGCACACGGUGUCGGACACUUCCAGCCCGGAAUCAGUCGAAAAAGAAAAGAACCAGAAUAAAAACAACAACGACGACUCCUCAGAUGACCCGUCCAAAAAGAAGCGGCAGCGGCGGCAGAGGACUCACUUCACCAGCCAGCAGCUGCAGGAACUGGAGGCCACUUUCCAGCGGAAUCGCUAUCCGGACAUGAGCACGAGGGAGGAGAUAGCCGUGUGGACCAACCUCACAGAGGCCCGGGUCAGGGUUUGGUUCAAGAACCGGCGAGCCAAGUGGAGGAAACGGGAAAGGAACCAGCAAGCCGAGCUCUGCAAAAACGGCUUCGGCCCGCAGUUCAACGGACUCAUGCAGCCCUACGAGGACAUGUACCCCAGCUACACGUACAACAACUGGGCCGCCAAGGGCCUCACAUCGGCCUCUUUAUCCACCAAAAGCUUCCCCUUCUUCAACUCCAUGAAUGUCAACCCCUUGUCCUCGCAGACCAUGUUCUCUCCGCCAAACUCCAUAUCCUCCAUGACUUCCAGCAUGGUGCCCUCGGCGGUGACGGGCGUGCCGGGCUCCAGCCUCAACAGCCUCAAUAACUUGAACAACCUCAGUAACCCGUCCCUCAACUCGGGGGUGCCCACUUCGGCGUGCCCCUACGCGCCGCCGACCCCUCCUUACGUGUACAGGGACACUUGUAACUCCAGCCUGGCCAGCCUGAGACUGAAAGCCAAGCAGCACUCGAGUUUUGGAUACGUGCAGAAUCCGGCCACUAAUCUGAGCGCUUGCCAAUACGCUGUGGACAGACCAGUCUAAUACCUACACUGCACAGCAAAAAAAUCACCACCUUAACACUUCAUUAGAGGCUGGUAGUGGCGCUUUAAGUGUUAUUUUUCUCUGAAGGGAGGGAAAAGUCUGUCUGGGAGAUAAUUGUAUUUUUCUCAUGCGUUUUGGGAAAUUUCUUGAUCAUAUGGCAGUUUUGAUACUAGUCUGAGUGUGAUUUGCAUUUUUCUGACUUUAUUGAAAAUAUAGCCACUUGUUCCAUGAAAAUUCCCAAACAUGCCAAGAAAAAAAAGUGAGAUUAUUCCAAAGCAGCCGGUUAAUACUUUUAUUUUGGAGGGGGAAAUAGACUCUGAGGUUGAUUUGAAGCCCGAAUGACUUGUUUUGGUGGCCAUUUUUUGCAGUGUGUGGGUAAUUACAAACAGCCGGCCACAGGAACAAGAGACUACUACAACUACUUUUUUUCAUUUUUUCAAAAAAAGGGCACUAGAAGACUGAACCACUGAAGCAAGCUCACCUCCAGCUCGGAGUUCAACUGAAACGGGAGAUUUUUUCGGUUUAUUCCCCUUUUUUGAUGAGCACAGGCAGGCCUGCUUCACUGUCAAUAAAACGGCCUGUUUUCA